AUAAGGCGCGGAUUAUGCACUGCCAUUAAACACAAUAUCAGCGCGGUGGCCCCUCUGUACAGCUGACAUCUGGUUGAGCCGCAGAACGUGCUCGCACAUGCGAUUGUUGUAGAUCACUGCGUGUGUGUUCAUGUCUGCUAUGGGAGUGUGUGGUGUAGGUAAUCGCUGGGAAGCUAUAUAAAAGGCAAGGACAGACGAGCCACCCAAAAACAUCUUGCGAAACGCUGGCUGCAUUAUUAUUUGCAAGCCUAGAGGUGUAACAUCAUCGAGAAACCUCACAGCUAACCCGGGCGAGCACAAGUGCACAUAUAAACACUGCGGUCGGCUUCACACAGAGAUUUUUAGCAAUCUCUUCAUUUAGUUUUUCCCAAAGAGCUCUAUGGUUUUUCGAAUUUCAUUUUCCGCAGGAAUGUGAUAAUCAUCGAGGCGUUCACAUUUGGAGGUGAAGUCGUUCACAGCCACCGCGAAGGUUUUAUGAUUGCAAAUUGAAAAGAAGUAGAAAACCUCAGCGGUAUUUGAUGAUGAUGAUGAUGAACCGACGGACGGAGUGAAACCCUACCGAGUUGUGUCCACAAGUUGGACGGCUGAACCAGGUGUGCUCGGGUUUCCAAUGCUAGAACAGGCGAUCGUUUUACUCCGGGGCAAGUACUGUGUGUGCGUGUGUGAGCACACCUAGCGGUAAUCGGCCGGAGAUUACAUCCGCAUAUUACGCAUCGCAUUAGGAAUUCUCGGAGCCUCUGAACAUCUGGACUGUCUGGCUUGAAUUGGCUCGUGUCGAGUGGCUGGCCAGGCGGGCUGGAUUACUCCGUAACUGUACGCUGUGUACACACAUAUCACACGCACACUCGGCUCACAGCAAGACAUGAUGUAGUGGAACAGUGCUACGCGGUGAAGAAACAAGAUAGUAUUCCGAGGAGAGAAUUGAUCAAGAGGCUGGACAUUUUAUCCUGUAAAUUAGGUGUGUUUCUGUUGUUUCAGGGACCAUCCUGAGUUAAAGACAAUGUCUUGGGAAAAAUCGCCAAGCCCUGACGGGCAUCACCAGGAGAGAGGAGAGGGUCGCUCCACGAACCCAUCUGAAGAGAGGAGUUGUAAGGAGGAACAGGACUCCAAAUCGGGGCAAGGUGGAUGCAGUAAAGUAACCCUCUCGAGUGUUUCCCCCGUCGGUUCCAAUUCGAGACGCAAUAAACGGAAGCAGAGCGAGCCCAGACGGCUCAGCACGAGUAGCCUCGUGGUCAAGGAAGAACCUGCGGACGCUCCGGACCACCCAGAUGACCAAGGCCGGCUGACCGCUCCAGGAUUGACCAUCGAGACCGAGGACGAUUACCGGUGCGGUGUGAUCAUAGACCGGCGUCGGUAUCAACACCAAUACCACCUGGGUGGUGUGGAGGAACUGAUACCGGAGAAUGUGUUGUCCUUACAGGGUCACACUAGCAGGGCUAGUAACUCAAGUGAAGACAGUCAAGGGUCGACCGCAACCUCCCUCCCCAUGCACUCUGUGAUGAUGUACGCUAGAGGUAGCGGUGGUGAUAGUGGUGGUGGGAUGAUCAGCGAUGAAGCUAAGAGUGACUUAGAUGAUGCCACGGGGUCUCAAGGUACCUGUGCCGACUCUCCGGAGCUUAUGAUGGAGGAGGGCGAGGCGAUGGACGGUGAUAGCAGAAGCAGCCACGCUGAGGGUGCCUCCCCAGACUCCGGUGCGAGUUCCUCCCGCGGCGGCUCCUCAUCCACCCGCUCUAAGAAGACGUCUCGGUCUUACAAGAACCUGAGCCGGUCCCGUCGGAUCGUUGCCAACGCACGAGAGAGGAACCGAGUCCACACCAUCAGCGCGGCCUUCGAGGGUCUCCGGCGGGCUGUCCCUUCCUACUCCCACAACCAGAAACUCUCCAAGUUGGCUAUCUUGAGAAUCGCGUGCAGUUACAUCUUAGCUCUGGCUAACUUAGCUGAUAUGGACUAUUCUCCAGAUCAUCAGCAGAUGUCUUUCAGCGAUUGCGUGGACAUGUGCACGAGAACACUCCAGUCGGAAGGGCGAUCAAAACGAAGAAAGGUUCCCAUGGAAUAAAGGUCGUCUUUGCGUAUGCGCAGCCAAGCGCCAAUGUUCAUCUACCACAUCAGCUGCCAUUUUCGAGGGUUCUUCACACAAGAGGGCGCAAUUUCAACUUAACGGAAUACGGCGCUCCAUGUUGCCCAUCGAAGUAAAUGUCUUGUUUCUUGCAUCAGCAUGGCAGUGGUUUAAGCGUUGUUUAGUGGCUAAUUCUCCGGUUAGUCAUGAGCAUCAUAACAUUUGCGGCAUCCAGCAGCACAUUAGACUCGGAUAAAGCCGUAAAACUGCCCAUCGAUCCCAAAGUGACAGUGAUCCGCUGUUGAUCAUGCUUGCUUAUCAUACCUGUCAUGGUAUUAUACGCCUUGGGUAAAGACUAUGGAUAUAUUCCCCUAGUAAACUACUUUCUUAACACCGAAUCAUUAGGUAAUGCAGGACAAUUUAAUGACAUUGCAUCACCAACUCCAUCAUAGACUAUUAUAAUAAUAAAAAUACCUGGUGGGAAAGAAUACUAGUUUGGAUAAGCUUAGAUAACCGAGUCUAUAACCGACUUCAGGGUUUUCUAAAGUUUAAAAUUGUCACCUGUCGAGAGAAGAACACUGUGACUGCAAUGAAGUACAGUGAAACGCCGCUAUAACGAACACGAUGGGGUCCACAGAAAGUGUUCGCUGUAGUGGUUGUUCGUUAUAGUGAUUGUGCAUUAUAAAAGAAUAUCACUAUUUCGGGAGCCCGUGGGGACGUUCGUUAUAACCAAAUGUUCAUUAUAGUGGUGUUCGUUAUAUCGGCGUUUCACUGUAUUACCUACAUGUGUCUUUGCCAAUCCAUGUAUCCAAGUAUUCAAGUGAUGCCACAACAAAAAUGGAAUGUGACUUUCCGAAAUACCAAGAUUGAUUGUAAAACUGUGGUACAACAGAAAGCACGUUUGAAGGCCACGUGAAAACGAAAAUACUGUUCAACAGUAUUUGUCGCUCGUUCCCAUUGUCCUUUAUCUAAGGACGUGUUUUACCUGAAUUUUUGAGCUCUUAUAUUGUUUCACCGCUGACCCGACAUCAGCACUUCCCGCGAAGACAGAAAAUGUCACCACGCAUUGUCAUGGCAGUAAACUACCCACAAUGCUUUGCGACGUUUGCGUUUCCUCCUCAAUUUUUGUAAAAGUUAUAAGCAGUCAGUGGCACCCUUGAAAACAAUGCUUUGCAACAUUUGCGUUUCCUCCUCAAUUUUUGUAAAAGUUAUAAACAGUCAGUGGCACCCUUGAAAAGGUGGGGGGGGGGGUCGAAUCAAAAAUACUGUGGAACAUGCCUCAAUUUUCACUUGCGUUCUGUGGAACCUCAGUUUUACAAUCAUUCUCCUUGAUGUUACAAAUGUAUGAUUGGUGUAAUUGGUAAUAAGUCAAACGAACUGAACGAUAAAAUUUGAUCUUAAAAUGUUAUGGUUAAUUAGAAAUUGUUUUGUAAACAAAGUCAUUGGGUCUACUACGCAAACUCAGAAAAGACUCACCCUGCUCCCUGCUUAAUCGAUUGAGGGCGCUAAACAAUUCUUUUACAAAGGUUUUUUUAUUGCUAAACCAACAACUUCUGCCGUUUUCCUUGUCAGUAUAACUGUCGAUAAUGUGAACUAAAAUGUGCAAAUAUUUAUACUAAGAAUGAUACUUAAAGCAUUAUUCGUAACGAUAGUUGAGUAAUAAAUAUAUAUCUACAUCAUGUGCUUUCAUAGA